AUGGGAGAGAAGCCGCAGGAGGAUCCCUGCAGGCCGGGACACUAUUUCCUUCACAUAAAAAGCUUGUCGUUUACAGAUGUCCUUUUCACCUCUACCACCAUGCCCAAGGCCCUGGUGAACAUCCAGACCCAGAGCAGGUCUGUUUCCUAUGCAGGGUACUGGGUCCAACUCUACUUCUUCUUGACUUUUGGGGACAUGGACAUCUUUCUCCUGGCUACAAUAGCCUAUGACUGCUAUGUGGCCAUUUGCCACCCACUCCACUAUCUGAUGAUCAUGAGCCUCCACCACUGUGCCCUACUGGUGACUGCCUGCUGGACCCUCGUGAGUCUUGUUGUCAUGACUCACACCUUCCUCAUAUUCCAGCUUUUCUUCUGCUCUGAGAAGAUAAUUCCUGACUUCUGUGAUUUGGGACCGCUGAUGAAGGUGUCCUGCUCUGAUACCCAGAUCAAUGAGCUUGUGCUCCUCUUGCUAGGGGUAGCAGUCAUUUUAAUCCCUUUUUUGCUCAUCCUGGUCUCUUUUUUUUUUUUUUUUUUUUUUGAGACGGAGUUUCGGAUCCCCUCUGCCCAGGGAAGGCACAAGACCUUCUCUACCUGUGGCUCUCACCUCGCUGUUGUUGCUCUGUUUCUCGGGAUGGUAAUCAGGGCUUAUCUGUGCCCUUCAUUCUCUUCCUUUAACUCAAUAGAGGAGGAUACAGUGGCUACUGUCAUGUACACUGUGGUGACUUCCCUGCUGAACCCCUUUAUUUAUAGCCUGCAGAACAAGGACUUGAAGGUUGCAGUGGUUAGACUUCUCAAAGGCAGAGUCUCCUUCUCACGGGGCCAGUGA